AUGAGGGUAAUGUGUGAACCCUCCCUUCCCCUUCGUGAUCAGAUCCUAGCAAAUCUCCGCUUCCUGUUCGGUAAUAACGUUGACUUCGUGACGUGCAACGGAGGACAUGGGAACGAUGUGGCCGUCUUUGCAUAUAAAUGGGGGAUAUACGGCGAGUGGGUAAAAGUCAUGCAAGCACUGGGCCCUAGCUGGGAACGAGCAUUGCGAAAGUUGCUCGACUUUUCGUCACGAUGCGUUCAAGACUUCCUUCCCAAUCAAGUGAUGGAAGAUCUCCAGACGUGCCAUAUAAGCUUGCCCCAGUACAUAGAAGAAAGCAACACUUUCUAA